UCCCCUCCACCACCCUCAAAUCCUCUGUUUUCUAACCUCUCGUUUCUCCUUAAGCAUUCACCACACGAGGACCAAGCCACCACUUCUGCAAAUUGAUCAGAGUUAUGUUCUGAAAGUCUUGAAGAAGGUGUAGAUAAGGGGAGGUUUUGUGGACACUGUUACCAAACUUCCCUUUUGAGCCAAAAAAUGAGCUUCACUUUAUGUUCUUCUUCUGAACUCACAUAUCCCUAUGUAGAGGGUUUGAGGAAUGCAAAGGCGAAUCGAGUGGCAUCUAAAUCUUUCAUAAUGGCUGGUGGUUGCAUCAAAAAGCAUUAUGUUCAAGCAUCAUAUCCUGAUGCUAGAAAGGUGGUGAUAUCUAGCCAUCUAGUUCCUGGCCAUUUAGAAGGAUCAUUCAUGGGAAAGAAAUGGCAAGAGGAGCCUAGAAAGAAGUUAGAAUUUGUGAGGACAUUGUUGAUUGACAACUAUGAUAGUUACACGUACAACAUUUACCAAGAGUUAAGUGUCAUUAAUGGCUUGCCCCCUGUUGUUGUGCACAAUGAUGAGUAUACAUGGAAAGACAUCUGCCACUUCUUGUAUGAGGAGGGUGCAUUUGAUAAUAUUGUUAUAUCACCUGGACCUGGUUCUCCAACAUGCCCAGCAGAUAUAGGAGUGUGUCUUCAGCUACUGCUGCAGUGCUGGGAUAUCCCUAUUUUGGGUGUUUGCCUCGGGCAUCAGGCUCUAGGUUAUGCACAUGGUGCUCAAAUUAUUCAUGCAUCUGAGCCAAUCCAUGGACGCCUGAGUGAAAUUGAGCAUAAUGGCUGCAAGCUAUUUGCUAACAUUCCGUCUGGUAGAAAUUCAGGAUUCAAGGUUGUUCGAUAUCAUUCACUUGUUAUAGAUGCAAAAACUCUCCCAAAAGAGCUAAUACCAAUAGCUUGGACCUCUUCUGAUGACACACUUUCUUUUCUUGAGACCCAGAAGUUUGAUGUCAUCUCAGAUGUUUAUGAGAGUGAGAGACAGCAAGAAAACUUUGAUUCUAUUUUAGAACGAUUGAAAAAUGGAAGUUAUUGGUCUUCCAGCCAUGCUAAUGGAACAAAAAGCGGAAAGGUUGUCAUGGGCAUCAGGCAUGCUACUUGGCCUCAUUAUGGUGUGCAGUUUCAUCCAGAAAGUGUUGCAACAACUUAUGGGAGACAGAUAUUCAAGAACUUUAGAGAAAUGACUAAGGAUUAUUGGUUACGAAUGUGUUCGUCAUUCAGCAGUGACAGAAAUAUUCAUUAUACUGCGUCCAUGCAGCUACCCCAUGCUAGUAGACUGUUCAGAGCAGUUCAUACAGGUGGGCAAUCAGCUAAAAAAGCAGAUGUUCGGUUUUAUGGAGAAGCUUGUAGCAGUGGGCAAUUGAUGCAAGAUGCAGACAAGAGAAAUUUUGGCUUUCUUCAUAUGGCAAAUGUUUUGCCCCCGAGCAUGCGUGCUAAUUUUCUAAAGUUGAAAUGGAGGAAAUUUGAUCACUUGGCAAGUGAAGUUGGUGGAGCAAGAAACAUAUUUUCUGAACUUUUUGGGAAAAAUAAGGCUGAAAACACUUUUUGGUUGGACAGUUCAUCAACAGAGAAGGGAAGAGCACGCUUUUCAUUCAUGGGGGGUAAAGGUGGAUCCCUUUGGAAGCAAUUAACUUUCAGAUUGUCUGAAGACAGUGAAGUGGCUUCUAAACGGGGAGGUCAUUUAUUGAUUGAAGAUGCUGAUGGCUCUACAAACAGCACAUUUUUGGAAGAAGGUUUUUUUGAAUAUUUGAACAAGGAGCUUCUGUCACUCCGUCAUGAGGAAAAAGAUUACGAAGGACUGCCAUUUGAAUUCUAUGGUGGAUUUAUUGGUUACAUUGGGUACAAUCUCAAAGUAGAAUGUGGUGCGGCAUCUAAUUAUCACAAAUCCACAACUCCAGAUGCUUGCUUUUUUUUUGCCGAUAAUAUUGUAGUUAUUGAUCAUCAUUCUGAUGAUGUUUACAUAUUGUCCUUACAUGAAGGAAAUACAACUAUGACCCCAUGGUUAGAAGAUACUGGAAAGAAGCUUGUCAGCUUGAAAGCUUCUGUCACAAGAAAGUUAGAUGAGCAGAAUGUACAAGCUGUGACAAGCUCUCAACAUAAACAAGGCUUUCAUUCUGAGAAAUCCAGAGAGCAAUAUGUAAGAGAUGUUGAGAAAUGUCUGCAGUACAUUAAAGAUGGAGAAAGCUAUGAGCUCUGCCUCACGACUUGCAUUAGAAAAACCAUUGGGCAAGUAGAUCCUUUGAGACUUUAUCUUCAUCUUAGAGAGAAAAAUCCAGCACCCUAUGCUGCAUGGCUAAAUUUUUCAAAGCAAAAUUUAUCUAUAUGCUCUUCUUCUCCUGAGAGGUUUCUACGGCUGGAUAGAAAUGGUACACUAGAAGCAAAGCCAAUUAAGGGUACCAUUGCUCGUGGUGCAACACUAGAGGAAGAUGAACAGCUCAAGUUACAAUUGCAGUACAGUGAAAAGGAUCAGGCUGAAAAUUUAAUGAUUGUCGAUCUUCUAAGGAAUGACCUUGGUCGUGUCUGUGAACCUGGCACUGUUCAUGUGCCACAUCUCAUGGAAGUGGAGUCUUAUGCAACUGUUCAUACUAUGGUGAGUACAAUUCGGGGGAAAAAACAGUCAAAUGUUAGUGCUGUUGCUUGUGUCAAGGCAGCAUUUCCAGGGGGUUCAAUGACAGGGGCUCCAAAGUUAAGAUCAAUGGAACUUUUAGAUUCUAUCGAGAGCUGUUCGCGAGGCAUAUACUCAGGUUCCAUUGGAUUUUUUUCUUAUAAUCAGACAUUCGAUCUCAAUAUCGUGAUAAGAACAGUUGUCAUACAUGAAAACGAAGCAUCUAUAGGCGCAGGAGGGGCGAUUGUAGCCCUAUCGGAUCCUGAAAAGGAGUACGACGAAAUGAUACUGAAAACACGCGCUCCAGCUAAUGCUGUGAUGGAAUUUCAAUAGCAGUUUAGUGUCAAAUGGAAUCUGGUAGUAAAAAUUCUUUGAUAACAAUGUGUUCCUUAGGUUUUGAAUAUUAUUACAGGAGUAUACAUAGAACUACAGCAAUACAAUGUAGCUUAAUUUACCAUAUGAUCUGUUUCUCUCAAAUCAACACAAGUUAUUAGUUCAAACAAUGUUGGUUUCUCAACUUUGUAUUACAAAUUGAUGGCAAAUAGAAAUUUAUACGAGUUUGGAUAUGUUUUCUAUCCAUCAAAUCUCUUGUCUUGGUUCUGUUUUA